AUGCUUCAGUCAUUUAGAGAAUGGUUCUGGUUGGAGAAAUUCUGGCUUCCUCCAACAAUAAAAUGGUCUGAUCUCGAAGAUCAUGAUGGGCUCGUCUUUGUUAAAGCUUCUCAUUUGUACAUGACAAUUCCAUAUGCCCUUCUUUUGGUGAUCAUCAGAUACUUCUUUGAAAAGUUUAUUGCCACACCUCUAGCAAAUGCAUUUGGCAUUCAAAACACAGUGCACAAAAUUAAACCGAAUGUCAUCCUAGAAAAUUUUUUCAAGCAUUCCACAAGUCAACCAUCACAUACUGAUGUUUAUGGACUGGCAAAGAAGUGUAAUUUGACAGAGCGCCAGAUUGAGAGAUGGUUCAGGAGUCGACGGAAUCAAGACAGGCCUUGCAGGAUGAAGAAAUUCCGGGAAUCUUGCUGGCGAUUUACAUUUUACUUAAUGGUAACUGUGGCUGGAGUUGCAUUUCUUUAUGAUAAACCAUGGGCCUACGACCUCUGGGAGGUCUGGCGUGACUACCCCAAGCAGCCUUUGCUGCCGUCACAGUACUGGUACUACACCCUGGAGAUGAGCUUUUACUGGUCACUGCUGUUUAGCCUGGGCUCUGAUAUCAAGAGGAAGGAUUUCCUCGCUAAUGUCAUCCACCACCUGGCUGCCAUUAGUCUGAUGAGCUUCUCCUGGUGUGCUAAUUAUAUCCGCAGUGGGACCCUCGUGAUGUUUGUGCAUGAUGUGUCUGACAUUUGGCUGGAGUCCGCCAAGAUGUUCUCCUACGCUGGAUGGAAGCAAACCUGCAAUAUUCUGUUCUUGAUCUUCUCGGUCGUGUUCUUCAUCAGCCGAUUCAUUAUUUUCCCAUUCUGGAUUCUGUACUGCACCCUGAUCAUGCCUCUACACUACCUCGAACCGUUCUUCUCAUACAUCUUCCUCAACCUCCAGCUCAUGGUCCUGCAGGGCCUUCACCUGUACUGGGGCUACUUGAUAAUGAAGAUGCUCAAUAGAUGCAUAUUCACGAAGAGCAUUCAGGAUGUGAGAAGUGACGAUGAAGAAGAUGAUGAUGAUGAUGAUGAUGAUGAUGAAGAAGAAGAAGAGGAGGAGGAGGAAGAGGAAGAAGGCACCAAAGGCAAAGGGACAGAUUAUCUGAAGAAUGGCCUUGGGACCAACAGGCAUCUCAUUCCCAAUGGUCAGCAUGGCCGUUAGCUUGAAGCUCUGGAAC